AUGAAUGAAAUCGGAAGUCCGAUGUCUACGGAGAGACCUAGUUCAAAAUCGGCACGGGGUACGUGGACUCACCAGUUGGAGGCAGGUUGCAGCAGAGUUAGUUGGACCCAUCCUCUCAUAUCUCUGAAACCCUCUACAAUCUUGGAGCACACCAUGCCCUCAUCUGUCGUGACAGUCAGCCAGCCUACGAAGAAGAGCGAGGUCGGCGCGCCCCGUCCUGCCCAUCAUAGGAAUGACACUCAGAGUCUAUUCACGAAUCCAUGGCCUUCUUACCAGUACGUAUCAGCUAGUUAUUUCAUGACACAGCAAUUAACACAUGAUGAUAGGGAAUUUCCUGUUAGCGCAAUUUCCCGUAUGAUGGCCGGGAUGCUUUUCUCUCCACCAAAGAUUCCGCAGGAUGUUGAGAAAAUACUCAAGCUACAAACGCCAAACUGGGGUGAAGGUUCAAAGAAGGAAGAUCUCAAGGCCACCUGGCUUGGGCAUGCGUGUUGGCUCGUCGAGCUGCCGGCACCUGAAGGUGCAACCCGCGGUCCAAGGAUUCUCUAUGACCCUGUGAUGUCACACCGCUGCUCUCCAUUUUCCUUUAUGGGUCCUGCACGAUAUACUAGUAAGUUGAAUGUUGGUCUUAUGAAAGAAUUUGUUCACCAACCCGACUAUUUAGGACCACCAUGCACAAUGGAGGAAAUCCCAGAGAUCGACAUCGUCGUGAUAUCUCAUAACCAUUAUGACCACAUGGACACUCCUACACUGAGUACCCUACUCCGUAACCACAACCCCCACUUCUUUGCACCUCUCAACAAUGAUGCGACAUUCCAAAGUGUCGGAAUCGAUCCAUCCCGAUUCCAUUGCUUGGAUUGGUGGGACGACAGAGAAGUCACUGUGGAACUUCCAUUGGCUUCUGUUCAACCCAGUGAAACCACACCAAAGGCAAUGUUCCGCGUAACCUGCACGCCCUGUCAACACCAGUCUGCCCGGACCGCGUUCGAUCGCAACCAUACCCUGUGGUCAUCAUGGGCGGUCGAAGAGCUCCCUUCACCAGGACAGACAUCAUCCAGACCUGGUUUCAAAAUCUGGUUUGGCGGCGAUACGGGAUAUCGCUAUGUUGGACAUGGUCAGGAUGAAGACAAGGUACCCUUCUGUCCCGCUUUCAAAGAGAUUGGCGAAAAGUUCGGAUCCUUCGAUUUGGCGUUGAUUCCCAUUGGAGCGUAUAAUGUAAGGGCAGCAAUGAGCGGAUUCCACGCAAGUCCCAGCGAUGCCGUUCGAAUAUUCCAAGAUAUCAAUGCGAAGAAGGGCAUCGGAAUGCACUGGGGGACCUGGACUUUGACAUUGGAACCUAUACUCGAGCCACCAGAGCUAUUGGCAUCCGAGGCCAAAAAAGCAGGAUUGGCCGAUGACGCGUUCACCGUUUGUGGACUGGGCGAGACAUGCGCUUGUAUAGCAAACUGUCACGUAUGGUAUUGGUCCAUAAAGAAUCUGAGCGCUCGGUCCUCAAAUGCCAGCACCGGCAUGUAUACGCGUCUCAAGCGCUCAAAACAACCUGAAAAGCAGGAGGCAGUCCUCAAAUCGACCAUGGCUGCUUCUGUUGUGACUGUUAGCCGGUCUCCAAAGAAGGAUGAAGUUGCCGUACCGCGUCCUGCACACCACGCAAACGACACCAAAAACAUGUCACCGCUGAAGUUGACCAGCUUUAUAUUCAGCCUACAAACCUUACCACCCAAGCCUGAAGCAAACAUGGAAGAGCUAUUAAAGCUCCAAAAACCCAAUUGGGGUGCAGAUGCAAAGAGCAACGAGUUAAAGGCAACUUGGUUGGGCCAUGCUUGCUUCCUUGUCGAAUUACCUAAGCCGGAAGCACGUUACACCAGACCACCUUGUCCGAUGGAAGAUAUCCCAGAGAUCGACAUUGUCGUCAUCUCUCAUAACCACUAUGAUCACAUGGACACUCCUACUCUAACCACUCUUCUUGAGAAACACAACCCCCACUUUUUCGCGCCGCUCAACAACGAGGCCACCUUUGCCAGCGUCGGAAUUCCCGAAUCUCGAUUCCACUGCCUGGACUGGUGGGACGAUCGAGAGGUCAAUAUCGAGCUCCCAUUAGACACAACCUCUGGUUCACAGGCAUCAACUCCAAAGGCUUCCUUGCGCAUCACGUGUACUCCUUGUCAACACCAGUCGGCUCGUGGAAUGUUUGACCGCAUGAAGACACUUUGGUCGUCGUGGGCAAUUGAAGAGGUCUCGCCAUCAGGUUCGGCUUCUAAACCUGGUUUCAAAGUCUGGUUCGGAGGGGACACGGGAUACCGAUAUGUUGGAGUAGGUCAAGACGAGAACGAGGUCCCUUACUGUCCUGCUUUCAAGGAAAUUGGAGAAAAGUUUGGGUCGUUUGACUUGGCGUUGAUCCCCAUUGGAGCAUAUCAACCUAGAGCUGCAAUGAGUGGGUUCCACGCGAGCCCUAGUGACGCGGUCCGAAUCUUCCAAGACAUCAAGGCAAAGAAGGCCAUCGGAAUGCAUUGGGG